GUAGAACCUCCAGCUCUCUCAUUCUGUUACAAACUAUGGAUUUCAGUGGCACCACAAUACUUCUCUUGAUAUUCCUAAUAACUUGCCUGGUGUUUUUGUCUAAAUGGAGAAGAUCUGGCAAACGACUGCCCCCUGGGCCAACACCACUUCCAUUUAUUGGAAACAUGCACCAAGUCAAGAUGAUUGAUCUCAUUAAAUCCUUGGUCGAGCUAAGCAAGAAGUAUGGCCCUAUGUACACCUUUUACUUGGGCUCUCGUCCUACUGUGGUACUUUGUGGCCAUCAAAUUCUCAAGGAGGCACUAAUAGACCAUGCAGAAGAGUUCAGUGGAAGAGGUGAAUUCCCAGCUGUGCAGAUGUACAGCAAAGGAAAUGGGAUUGUAUACGGUACUGGAGAGAGGUGGAGGCAGUUAAGACGUUUUGCUAUCACCACACUGAAGAAUUUCGGCAUGGGGAAAAGGAGUUUGGAGGAAAGAGUGAAAGAGGAAGCCCAGUAUUUAAUAGCAGAAUUCAGACAAAGUGAAGGAAAGCCCAUAGACCCAACAUUUGGCUUUAGCUCAGCUGGCUCAAACAUUAUCUGUUCUUUGGUGUUUGGAGAUCGGUUUGAUUACCGGGAUAAGGAAUUUCUCAACUUACUGUACCUGAUAAACAAUAGCUGGCAUUUGAUGAGUUCCACUUGGGGUCAACUGCUCUUCGUCUUUCCAAAGAUCAUGAAACUUAUCCCAGGGCCACACAGACAGAUAUACAAGAACUACCUCAAGCUUGGAGCCUUUGUGGCCAAAAGACUAAAGAUGAACAAAGAAACUCUUGAUCCCAUUAACCCACGGGAUUUCAUAGAUUGUUUCCUCAUAAAAAUUGAGCAGGAAAAGAAAAAUCCAGACUCUCACUUUAACUAUGAGACAAUGCUUAAAACCACAGUCAAUGUAUUUUUUGCUGGUACAGAGACAGUGGGGUCAACCCUGAGAUAUGGUUUCCUAAUCUUACUAAAGUACCCAGAAGUGGAAGAAAAAAUUCACCAGGAAAUAGACAAUGUGAUUGGCCGGGACCGAAGCCCAUGCAUGGAGGACCGAAACAAAAUGCCAUAUACCGAGGCGGUCCUUUAUGAAAUUCUAAGGUUUGCAGACAUUGUUCCCAUGAGUGUUCCUCACACUGUAACAAGGAAUAUCAAAUUCCGAGGAUAUGACCUUCCAGAGGGUCUGAACAUCAUGCCACUAAUCUGCACAUCCCAGUAUGAUCCCACCAAGUUUAAGAAUCCAUACUCGUUUGAUCCAACACACUUCCUGGACGAGAAAGAUAACUUUAAGAAGAAUGAGGGUUUUAUGGCCUUCUCAGCAGGGAAGCGGAUCUGCCUUGGUGAGGGUCUUGCACAAAUGGAAUUAUUUAUCUUCCUCACCACGAUACUCCAGAAUUUCAAAACUAAGCCAAUUGUGGAUCCAAAAGACAUUGACAUCACUCCUGAGAGUAGUGGAUUAGGGAACAUCCCCCGGCCAUACAAAAUAUGCUUCAUACCUCGUUAACGAUGAGUUGGGUGAACCUGGAGUUGAAUAAAAAUCAUAUGGAAUUGUUUUCAUUUCUUUCUAUUGGGUGGUUUUAAAAUUGCAGCAGGGUGCCUGAUAAUAUUAGAUAUGUAUGAAACUGUUUAUUUCAUUCAUUAAACAUGCCACUGUCA